GCUCAACAGAAACAGUUACAUGUGAAACACAGAGAAAACCCCCGAACACAACUUCAGAAGAGUGAGAAAAUGGUUGUUUUCUCAACCGCCCAACUUUCCCCCACUGAAUGAGAUGGCAUUGUAGGCUUGAGGCACUCUAAUAGCCAGAGGAGCUGCAAUGGACGCCCUGGCUGGAAUACAGCUCUCCCCCAUGAAAGACUUUGACCAAAAAGUGGAUAUCAGAGCAGAGAAACGUGAACACCUGCGAGGACGUAACAACUUGACUUCAUGUCGCAGCCCUACGAGGGAGUUUGACACAAGACUGAUAAAGAAGGAACUGAAGGAAAAGAGGCAUCUGGAAUUUCUGAGGAGGAGAUCAGUGAGCCCACAGCCACAUGACUUGUCUACAAACCGUUCCUCAAAGAGAAACCAUUUACCAAAGACAUUUUCAAUGCCAUAUAACAGUUCAUUCAGCAAGCUAGAGACACUGCAUACAAAUAUCCAAAAUACUCCCACCGCUAAUGGACAUCGAAAGAUGAUUUUAACACCAAAUAGCAGCAUAACUGAUGGCCCAAGUACCAGCAAAUGGGCUUCAUUAUGGUCAGAACAGGUAACGCUGUUGAGGCAAGAAAAAGGUCAUGAAACGAAGCAAGCAUCUACCUCCACACUGGUGAUAAAUGAAUCAAACCAGCACAGGACAAAAAGCACAGAUAUAAGAGAGAAUAGUAUUAAUGGUCAAAAGACGAGCAUCAAAACAUUCAUCAAAACAGAAAAGAUUCAGCAAAAAUUCUCUGUCCAAACUGAAAAUAUUGUCCAAAAAAAGAUACUGCAAGGGACCAGUGUGCAGACAGAGUCUGGUCUUGUCACUGUCAAGGAGUCAGAUGUUCAGAGAUUAACAGACUACUUGCAGGAGGCCCUGUGGAGAGAGGAGGCUGUGAAGAAGAAGCUGGCAGCCCUCCAGGAGAGUACAUCAAACCUCAUGAACUUCUCGAACACAAUAUGGACAGCUCGCUGCAGUGAAGACCUACUGAGAAACAAGAUCAAGGCUCUGGAGGCACAGCUGCAAGUCUGCCUGCAGAAGUUUCCGAGGGAUGGAGUGAAGAAACUGGUGCUACAGAUGGAGAAGCAGAAACUUAUGUAUGAGGAGAAGGCCCUGGUCACCCUGCAGAAAGCCACACAGGACAAAACGGAGGCGCUCAGCAAGGCUGAGACACUGCAGGAUGCGCUAAUUACAGCAAAGGCAGAUGCCAUGAGGUGGCAGAGCCUUUAUGAGGAGCUGAAGCUGACCUCUGGACAACUCAGGGAGAAUCAUCACCUUAGUAAUGACCAGCUGCAGCAGCUGCACAGCCAAGUGGAGCUGUCCAGAGCCAGAGAGGCCGAGCAGAGAGAGGAGGUGGCGUCAUUAAAACAAGAGAAGAAUGAGCUACAGUACAACAUUUGCCUGCUGGAAGAGGACAACCAGGCGUUAAGAGAGGAAAUCCAGAACCUUAGAGAUUGCAGCAAUGAGAACCAGGACUUCAUGAUGCAGGGGCAUCUGAAAUCAGAGGAAGCAGAGCCGAGACUGUCGGUGAGGAGAGACUCUCAGUUGGAGGAGCAGCUCCAUCACACUCAGGAGAAACUCCGACUCAAAGAGAGAGAGUGCGAGGAGCUGCAGGCAGAGCUGCAUGCUGUCGAGCAGGAGUGUCAGUCCAGCCAGGCCCGGCUGUCGCAGUGCAGGGACGAGCUCCGGCAACUCAGCCACCGCCGCAGGAGGCCGACGCUGUGUGGCUCCUGGUGGAAGGUGUGUGUGUUCUUCCUUCUACUCCUUGCUGUGGCAGGGGUUGCCAUGUUGUGGCUGUGGCAUCCUCCUUUCCGGGAGCAAGCUGAAGACCUGUACUCAGACAUAGAGACACGUAUCGAAGAAUAUCUCAUGAAAAUGGCCUCUCCUCAACACUCAGGCUGUUUUAGGCCAAUAUGAUAAUGUCACUGCUCAAGGAGUAUUAUUUUUGUUGCUUUUGUUUUAAAGAUUCUUUUAGGAUGAAGUCUGUUGAUGGGAUAAUGUUGUAUUGACAUGUGUAGGAUGUUUGCAGGAUAUUCAAAUACAAGUGAACACUUCUAGUGUGAAAAAAGCAGCAAGUUUUUUUGUAAUGUUUGCAACAAUGAAAAGCACACAUCAGCUGACAAGCUGGCUGACGUUAACAACAUUUUAAGAGACUGUGAGUCGACAAUGUGAACAAUAUAGGAGUAGAAAAAUAGCAAGUAUCCUUUGUACUGUAAACAGCUUUAGUCAAAAGCGCCACUUUGAAUGAUUAAAAAGCCAUAUAAAACAUAAAAAGCAUUUAAAAUACAAAGACACAACAUCACUGUAAUUCUUUCAGCUGUGAUGGAAAUAGCAUCAGUGCUAUGAGGUAUCGGGUGUUGUUUUAGAGUCACUCUCAAGACAGGAGAGUAAGCAUUCAAUCAAAGAGCUAGUAGAGUCUUAUAUUAUAUGAAAUAAAUAAAAAUUGUUACCACAACAAAUGUUACCGUUUAUCAAGUUUUCUUAAAAAAUAUUAUAAGCCUUGGUGAAAUCGAGUAGAAUAAAGUGUCAUUGUGGUCUGGGUUAAGUUUAACACAAGAUACCUGAGAUAUCCAUGGUGAAGGUAUCAGAAUGGACAGUUUUUUGGAUGCAUCUAUGCAUUUCAAACAAGGAAACACAACAUGGGUCUCUGCAGACAUCAUUUACUGUCUCAGCUUUACAAUGGUAUCACUGAUUAGUGGGGAACUAUCGUCAUCAUCCACUGAUCAACAUUCAUUCCACUUUGGAUAAGAUCUCAUACUACUCAGUGACUAAAACCUUCCUGUGUCCCACUGGAAUAAAAAAAUCCCAACGUUUCCAUGUCAAUAUAUUGUAAGUAAUAAAAGUGAAAUGUGUUCAAAAGAC